CCUACAGGCAGUUUCCGGCACCAGUGGGAACUGUGGGAAUGAUUGCGGCUGUGGCAGUCGGGAAGGUCCUUCGUUCCUCCCACCACCUACAAGAUACUGUGCAGAGCCGACAGAUGGCAUUUCCUUGCAACGGCUUCUGGGCUCGCCGCCGCUGAAAUUCAGAAUACGCUCCAUUAUCUUCCACCCGGGAGGCAUCUGGAUGUCAUCAACCUUGCUGUUCUCAGUGGAUAAAAUGAGUUGAAGGCAAGGAUUAUUGAUUAUUAAGCUUCUAUUGUACCUCUAUUUUAUCACAGGGGUCAGCAAUAAUUUAAAGACUUCUCUUUGCAGUGCAUGGACACAAAACCAAUGCGCAGGUGUACUAGUAAUCGAGCAGGUGAAACCGGAAUGGAUGUAACAAGCCGUUGCACUCUUGGAGAUCCUAACAAACUACCAGAAGGAGUGCCACAACCUGCUCGCAUGCCUUACAUCUCGGACAAGCACCCUCGCCAAACAUUGGAGGUUAUCAAUUUGUUGCGUAAGCACCGGGAGCUGUGUGAUGUGGUCCUGGUUGUGGGGGCCAAAAAGAUCUAUGCCCAUCGAGUCAUCUUAUCAGCCUGCAGUCCCUACUUCCGAGCUAUGUUCACAGGAGAACUUGCAGAGAGCCGGCAGACUGAGGUGGUGAUCAGAGACAUUGAUGAAAGGGCCAUGGAAUUGCUUAUUGACUUUGCAUAUACUUCCCAAAUUACGGUAGAAGAGGGCAAUGUUCAGACCUUACUGCCAGCUGCUUGCCUUCUCCAACUAGCUGAGAUCCAAGAAGCCUGCUGUGAGUUUCUGAAAAGACAGUUGGAUCCUUCCAACUGCCUUGGCAUUCGAGCGUUUGCUGAUACUCACUCUUGCCGUGAACUUCUUAGAAUUGCUGAUAAAUUCACUCAGCAUAAUUUUCAAGAGGUGAUGGAAAGUGAAGAAUUCAUGCUGCUUCCAGCCAAUCAGCUUAUUGACAUCAUUUCCAGUGAUGAACUCAAUGUCCGGAGCGAAGAACAAGUGUUUAACGCAGUAAUGGCUUGGGUCAAAUACAGCAUUCAAGAAAGGCGCCCGCAGCUUCCUCAGGUUUUGCAACAUGUCCGCUUGCCACUGCUUAGUCCAAAGUUCUUGGUGGGCACAGUUGGCUCUGAUCCCCUCAUUAAAAGUGAUGAAGAAUGUAGGGAUUUAGUAGAUGAAGCUAAGAACUACCUGCUGUUGCCCCAAGAACGACCAUUGAUGCAGGGCCCUAGAACUCGACCACGCAAACCCAUCCGUUGUGGAGAGGUGCUCUUUGCAGUGGGUGGCUGGUGUAGUGGAGAUGCAAUUUCCAGUGUUGAGCGCUAUGAUCCUCAAACAAAUGAGUGGCGGAUGGUGGCUUCCAUGAGCAAAAGACGAUGUGGUGUUGGAGUUAGUGUCUUGGAUGACCUUCUUUAUGCAGUAGGAGGACAUGAUGGCUCUUCCUACCUAAAUAGUGUGGAAAGAUAUGAUCCAAAAACCAAUCAGUGGAGCAGCGAUGUGGCACCUACCAGCACCUGCAGAACCAGUGUUGGAGUGGCAGUACUUGGUGGAUAUCUGUAUGCUGUAGGUGGUCAGGAUGGUGUUUCCUGUCUCAACAUCGUUGAAAGUGAGAUGUUUCAUUCUUUUUGUUUCAGAUAUGAUCCAAAAGAAAACAAAUGGACUCGUGUAGCUUCAAUGAGUACUAGGCGACUUGGGGUGGCUGUGGCUGUGUUAGGAGGUUUCCUGUAUGCUGUUGGAGGUUCUGAUGGGACAUCACCUCUGAACACAGUGGAACGCUACAAUCCCCAGGAGAAUCGCUGGCAUACAAUUGCACCUAUGGGCACUCGACGUAAGCACCUAGGCUGUGCUGUGUAUCAAGAUAUGAUCUAUGCUGUGGGAGGCAGAGAUGAUACUACCGAACUUAGCAGUGCUGAGCGAUAUAAUCCCAGAACUAACCAGUGGUCUCCUGUAGUAGCUAUGACAUCACGGCGUAGCGGGGCUGUAUGGAGGAAUGAACUAUCGUCGACUUGGAGGUGGUGUGGGGGUUAUCAAAAUGACACACUGCGAAUCCCAUAUAUGGUAAAAAGCCAAAGGGAACAAUUUGCUGGUUUCCUCAUUCCAACUGAAACAUUUGUGUUAGGUAACUUAAGAGCCUUUCAAGACUCUAGUAAAAUGAGAUCACUUAUGUUCUUGCUGUGCCUCUUCCUUUGGAACUGUAGUGGAUAUUCAAACGUUUGCCCUCUUCUCUGCUACAAUUUAAGGAAGAAUAUGCUACUCAACUGCAGAAAACUCCCUGGAACAGUAAUUUCCUUGUCUUUAUCUUCCUACCCUAAUAUAAUCUUUCUGCUGGAACUGGAAUCCACUGUUACUCCAAGCAUUGUCUAAGAUCCCAGAUAUAUGUGAGUUCUUUCAGAGGUGAACCUGUGUGAAGAAGUGACAAGCUGUAAGAGACCAAUGUUUCUAUAAACAUCAUUGCCUUGUUCAGAAAGUAUAAUAAAGCCAAGAUGGUCCUCUGCAUCUGUCUUGUUGUAAAGAAAAUGGCAUUCAACCUACUCAUUUCAGCAGAAUGAGUGAUAGGUUUUGUUUAAAACAUAUUGUACUGAGAGUAUUGGACAGUUUUCUUAAAACUGAGACUUACUCCAUUUAAAUUCAUUACACACACACACACACACACACACACACACAGACAGAGCACAGAGCUAUUAAAUAAGGACAUCAGUGUUACUCAGCAACAAGACCAAAGUAUUGCAAAUUCAUGAUCUACUUAUUGGAACAAAAAAUAGAAAUAGGGAAGUUUUAGCACAAUUUAUUAGACGGUUUCCACAAAAGUAAACAGAAGCAAUUCAGGAACCCAGAUCUACUUUUAUUUAGUGCCGUUAAUUUUACUGAAAUGAGUGCGAACCUCAGAUACAUUUCACUGUUGGCAUAGUGGGAACAUUUCUCUAAUACACAAUCACAAAUCUGGACAGUAAUGUAAAAUAAAAUAAAUUCCCACUUUAGCCUCAGGUACUAUCCUUACUCUGCUUUAAAUGUCUGGAUUCCAAAGUAUAAGAAGACCAGCCUUACUAUGCUUCUGAAAGAAGUGAUUAGAACAUUAGGACUUUCAAUUUAGCUUUUCAUAUUUAUCCUUAAGAUGUAGUUUAUUCUGUUGAGAGGGGGGGAGCAGUUUAGACCAGUUUAUGAAAAUUGGAUUGUAAAAAUACAUUUAUUACAACCGUAUCAGCAUUGCAGCUGAAUCAGGUGCAGGAUCUCUAUGUACAGCUUAUAUCUGAAUUGAAUGAUAGUUCUUAAUUGAUACAUCCUGCGACACUACCCAGUUCUUAUAAUUCCAAAAACUGCAAAAGAAUGGAUAAAUGGCCUUGAUCUUUGUGGAUUAUAACCAUUGGGGAAAAAACAAGAGACACUAAAGUAUUCUGUUUCAUAUUUAUAAGAAACAACUUUGUUUAUAAAUUCAAGCAUCUUCAAUGUCUAUUAUAUCUAUUCAUAGAUUUGGAUGGGGUGGGGAAAUCACAAAUCAAAUUUGGGGAGACAUUACUUGAGAUGAUAAAACCUUUUACCCUAAAGGUUGGCACUCUUGUGUUUACAUAUUGAACAUUUGCACCUUUAUGAAGAAAAAGUAUUCUGUAAACAAUUGUUUACAUAUAAUUUAUGCUUUUUCUAGCAUGUUAACUUGUAUAGUGUUAUUAAAUAAAAUCUGUGUGAGUAUUCUA